UUGGGAAAAGAGGAGCGGGCGGGAACAUAGCGUCCCUAGGCCAAAUCUCUCUCAGCUUUUUCUUAUUGUCCCUUGACUCCCGUUUCAUUUUCUCACCAAUUAUCUCUCUUCUUCAUCUCCCUUGCCCUAACUAAAGAUGGAAACAAAUAUGAAGAUGACACAAUCCGAAUAUUCAGAAUCAAGUUUGUGGAUUAGUAAAAUUAGUCCCCUGAAUUCUAAGCCACUAGCAGAACAUCUUGAAGAGAUGGGCCAGAGUGUCAAGCAAAUGCUGAAACUGAUAGGAGAUGGCGAGUCUUUGCCGAAGAAGGCUGAAACAGAUGGCCCAGAGUUGGUUACUCACAUUCAGGAAUUUUAUCACUUGUAUCUGUCUUUGGCUGAGUGCUAUAAUAAUUUCACAGGAGAAUUACAAAAGACUAUACCGUCAACUUUCCAACUGCAGGGUUCUGGCAAUUCUAAAUCUGUCUCUAGCCAAGGCUCUCUACUAACACCUGAUCAAAAGCUGGGUUUACUUUACUCUAGUCAUCAAGCUGCAUCUUCCAGCUCUGGCGGAAGCUCUGAUUUUUCUAUGAAGGAAUUAUCUUCAUCCUCGUCAUCAGAUACAGAGUCAGAAUCUUCUAACACCAUCAAAUUUUACUCAGCUGCACCUGGGAAGACAGAAGGCAAGGGAUUAAAUGAAAAGAUUAUUGAGCUGGGAACUGAGCUUCCGAACAUAAAAGAGAAGCUCCAGUUGGCUGAGGGAGACAAUGCUGAUAGUUUUUUGGAGGUGAGAGAAAACCGAAGUUACGAAGAGUUACUUGGAAGAGUUAUCAAGUAUGAGGAAAAGCUAAGAGUUUCAAACCUAAGACUCCAGUUGUCUGAAGAAGAGGUUGCCAAGUUGAAGAAUGAGCUUCAGGCUCUGACUGAAUCUGUGAAGAGAGAUAUCGAAAUGAGGGAAGCUGAUCUUGAGAUGGUGAGAAGAGAAGUGUUUAAACUGGAAAACUAUAAGUUUGAAUUAGAAACUUGUGUUUCAGACUCUAAGUUGAGGAUUGAGAGGUUGAUGCAAGAGCUUGAAGUAAGUAGAGAAAGGCUGCAGGAAUCAGACAAAGAGAUUCAACGAUUGAAGAAUGAAUUUGCGAUUGAAAUUGCUGAACAUACUUAUCAACUAAAAGGCCAGCUUAUGUUGGCUCAAGAAGAUGUAGUUAUGCUGAGGGCUAGUCUUGAUUCUGAGAGAAGCCAGGCUUUGAAGUUGCAAGAGACAAUUGUAAAAUACGAAGGUGAUCUAUCUGACUAUAUUGAUGAGAUACGGGAAUUGAAAGUUGCACUGAAUGAUGCCGAAGAAAACUUUUCUUUGGAAAAAACACAGCUGCAGUGUAAAGCGACUACUCUGUUAGAGAAACAGACCCUUGCAGAUGCAAGGUUCAAAGAAUUGGAGUUGCAAGGCAAAGUUCUGGAGGAUAAGAUAAAGCAAUGUGAAAUUGAGAAAAUGGAGAUGAAACGUUUGCAUGAGGCCCAACAAAGUGGGAUGCAACACGAGAUCAGUCAAUUGAAGGUAGAAGUUGCUGAGAGAAGUAGGCAUAUUGAAGCUAUGGGCAAUAAACUUGACAGUCGUAAAUUGAAAUAUGACAUGCUUAUGGCAGAGAAAGAUGAGUUUAAUGCAAAAGUAAACACACUGAGGGCAGAGGUGAGUUAUCGAGAUGAUUGCAUUAGGCAAAAGGAUGUGCUUUUGCAAAGGGCAAGCAUGGAGCAUGCACAACUGAUGGCUGGAGCUGGAACCACAGAGAAGGUAGUUAAUGAAUUAAGAGUGAGAGUGAAGGAGCUGGAGAAAGAGGUAGAGGAGCAGAAAAACAUGAUAUUAGGUGGGGCAGAGGAGAAAAGAGAGGCUAUACGGCAGCUUUGUUUUUCGCUUGAGCAUUACAGGAGUGGAUAUAAAGAACUUUGUCAAGCAUUUAUUAGUAACAAGAGGCAUCAAUAUGUUGCUGCGUAAGUUUAGUUACGCUCAUCAGUAUUGGUCUGGUGAGUUUCAAAAGACUGAUUUGGGUAUUUCAUUUUAUGUUGUCUGCUGUUAAAUUUUUAUACAUGGUUAAUUAGUUGUGGAUGUUGGUUUAUUAUGGGAAUAUUUAUGUCUUGUUUGUCAAUUUAGAUUUAAAGCUACAUGAAUAGUUAAACAAUGUAGAAGGUUCUGUUUCU